UCAAAACUCGUCAGCUUCAAUGGCGAUGCAAGCUGGAUUAGGCGUAUCUCAACUUCUCUUGUUAGUCGGACCUGGUUAUACCGGAAUUGUUCUUGUCAAAAAACGACAAUAAUUUGGUAAUGAUUACUGUUCCUCUCUCUCAUUCUGCAAAAUUCACAAGUUCAAAUUCAAUGAAAAAAAAGCACCUAGAAAUUGAUUUAAAUGAUUCGUUAGCCUGGUUAUAAUUUGUCGAUUUGUGGGUAUGUUAAUGGGUUGACAGCUUUUGUUUGUACAAAUGUUGAGAACCCUCAAUUGCUGGAGGUUUAUUUUUGGUGCAUAUUAUCAUUUUCUUAAUUACCCAUUUCUAUCUUCUCCAACUAAACACUAGGAAAAGGAGAAAUUUCACAAGAAACUGGUGAAAUUGGUGAUACCCAGAUUGUUGUCAGGUGCAGUUUUGGUCUUCGUUUUUGUUGGAAACCGUAAUUAUUUGAUCGUUGAAUCGCACUUUUUUACUUUCUUGUAGAAUUAUCCGCGAAUUUCACUUAUUUGACAUUUGGAAUCAACAAAAUAGCGUCAUUUGAGAUGGAUGAUAGAAAAAGCUGUGGAUCUUCGAAGUUGUUCCGAUAUUGCAGGUCCUAAGAAAACACAUGAGUGUCGCAGUUCAUACCAAGCUGCCUUACCAGAAAUCUUAGAGGUGAUUAAAUCUGCAUGUAGCAGUCAUGGGCUUCCCUUAGCCCAAACCUAGGUUCCAUGCAUCCAACAAGGGAAAGAAGGGUGCCGACACUCUGAUGAAAACCUUUCCCGUUGUGUUUCAACAGUUGAUUCAGCUUGCUUUGUUGCAAAUCCUUGUAUGCAAGACUCCACCAGGCUUGCUCGGAGCACCACCUAUUUAAAAGACAAGGUGUUGCCGGGAAGGCAUUUAUGACGAAUCAACCAUGCUUCUCGGGUGAUAUAACAACUUAUUCAAAGACAAAGUAUCCUCUUUCACACCAUGCAAGGAUGUUUGGGAUGUGUGCUUCUGUUGCUUUUCGCCUUAGAUGUAUCUACACUGGUAAUGCCGACUUUGUUCUGGAAUUCUUCCUGCCAACCAAUUGUAGGGAUCCUAGAGAACAAAAGAAAAUGCUUACUUCCCUAUCAAUUAUAAUACAACGAGUUUGUAGGAGCUUAAGGGUCGUUAGUGACAAGGAGCUAGACCAAGACACUUUAAUGCUGCAUGAUCCACUACAGACGAAUAGAUGUUAAAGGUGGAAGAUACUGUGUCAGGUUCUUCUCCGGAAGAGUCGUGUGGGACUGCUUUCCAGGACAGAGAAAGAACUAGCGGUCUCCCAGUUCCUCAAGAAGAUCAACCAAUGGGGUGUCUUGCCAUGGGAAAUGUAAGUUUCUAUGCCAUUCUUGUUGUCUCGCUUUUGUUUUAUUGUCUUAUAACCAUGUUAAUGACAGUGGAUAAUCCAGUCCGCCGACAGUUAGAGAAAGUGACAGAGCAAAGUAUCUCAUCUGCGAGAAAUUAUUUAGAUAAUGGUGGGAUGUGGAGUGCUAGAGGUAUGGAUGAUAGGGGUGCAUCAAAAUACAGUAUGAGCAUUACCAUGUAUCGUAGUGGAGCUAAAGGAUAUGGAAGACCAAGAACUUCUCCACCUGAUCUCCCUUCCUUGAUUUUCGAUACAAGGAUUGUUUAUCUUGUCAUGCCAAUUGUGCAUGCAGUUACUAAGCUUAUUAUUGGUUUUGUUCUCUCUCUGUCUGUCGCUGAUGGAAUUCUAGGUGGUGUUAUAAAUCACAGACACCUUAGAGUUAUCUCUUGAUCCAGAUUUGUUUGCUUAUGAGUUGAGGCCAGCGCAUCAGCAAGACUUCGAACCUCAGUAAUCAUCGCCACUACAUCAUUAAGCUUGUUAACUACAGACCCAACACCCUGUUUUUCAAGUGGAAAAUGGAUUAAUCAUGUGAGAAAUCUUACAUCUACACGUCAUCUAUUAAGAAGUGAAGUAAUUUGUAAAGAUACAGUCUAGAGUCUGAAGAGUACAUACCACACCAGCAGCCCCUGUAGUAAUGGCCAUAUGAUCUGUAACGGCGCUUAAACCCGACGAGCACAUGACUGGGAUUGUAACCGCUCGGGAGAUUUAGUAUGCUGCUGCUAAUGUGGGUGUUGCCUGAAACUAUUGCAACUUGCGUUUAGUUAUGGUCAUUAUUUUUGUUGCAGUGCAAGUUUUAAAUGAUAGGCGUUCAUACCUUGUCAAUUAAAUCCAGAACUCCAGGCUUCGAAGGGGUUGAGUAUUUCCCCCCUUCUGUUUGGAUAACAUCAGCGACCGUU